AUGGACGACGAACCAGAGCAACCGCCGCUAUCAACUCUCGGCCGCCGCAACUCCAUAUCUAGCCCAGUCCAACUCCCCACGAGGCUAACUCUCCUAACCCCAAAACCUCUCCAGACCGCAAACAGCCUCCCCAACGGCAGCGCCUCCUCAUCGCCGCUUGACCUCGAGCUUAUCUCCCUCAAAACCUCUUUAGCUUCCUACACUUCACUCAAAGACAUCCUCCCUUCUUCAGCUGUCGCUAUCAACUCCCCAACCGCCGCUGGAUCCGCCACCAAUUCCGGGUACGAAAUCUCCAUCCGUAACCGUUUAGUAAAACAGGCUGCUUGGGCUUAUCUCCAGCCCAUGUCGGCCUCUCCUGACUCUUCUGGGCCUCACUUUUUCCGUCGGAUUUGGCUUCGGUUCUCUUCUCAAAACCCCAUCUCUUCCUGCCUUCGGUUCUUCCAACUCAAACUCCUUCCGGGUCUGACCCGAGUCGUUGAUCUUAUCCUCCGAUACAUUGGAAUCCACUUCACUAGAUAA